AUGUCCAAAAAUGUGCAAAAAGAGAGCAACUUUAGUGAACUUUCAUUUGAAAAAUUUCCAAUCAUAUUUAAACUGAAAAACCUUCAAAAUGAUGAAAAUAUUUUGACGAAUAAAACGAUUCAAAAAAUAUUCUUUAUUGAGACUCAUUUGGAAUCGUUUCGGAAGCUUGAGAAUCCAAGACAGGCAUGCUCUGUUGAGUCAGCAGCUCGGAUGAACCCAGAAACUGAAAUUUACUUCACAUUUGCAACAAACUCAUCAGCAGUGUUUUUAGAAAAUUCAGAACUUUUGGAAGUCCUUUCAAAAUUCCACAACAUUAACUUCCGAUUUAUUGACCCAAAAGAGCUGUCGAAAGGAACUUUUAUAGAAGAUUUCUUCACCAAAGACCUCCUGGCUCAGUCACAAUUUCAUGUUGCAAAUCGAGCGAAUGCUUUAAGGAUUUUAUUGAUGAGUAAGUAUGGCGGGCAAUACCUGGACUUGGAUGUGAUUUCUUUGGUGUCAAUUGAUGCUGUUAAUUUGACUAAUUAUGGAUGUGUGCAGAGCAAGGACGUUGUUAAUAAUGCUGUGCUGAAUUUUGAUGUUGAUAAAGGACAAGAAUUGUUGGAGGAAUAUGGAAGACAUUUACUAACAGAGUUCAGACCAAAUGACUGGGGAGCAAAUGGCCCAGCAAUGUUCUCCAGAGUCCUCAAAAAAUUCUGCAGCACCACAACAUUCGAAGAAAGCACCUACACAAAAUGCGGUGAAUUUAUAUCCCUUCCAACUGACAAAUGCUACGCAAUCUCAUAUCCGGAAUAUGAAAAAUUCUACGACGAAAAUUAUUUCAACGAAACAAUGUCGCGGGUCAAAGAUUCAUUUUUUGUCCACAUUUGGAAUCGAAUGGAGGAAGCUGGAAAUAAAAAUUAUAAACUCAAGGCAGACUCAAAGUCAGCUUAUGCUGAGUUAGCACGCAGGAAUUGUCCAAAUGUGUUUAAAACUGUCGAUAAAUAUUUUUGA